GCGAGUGGGCGGUAACUUCCAGGCCGGAUGUGACGCACGGCGGGGCGGAGCUGCGCACGCCGGAAGCCCAGCAGGCGGCGAAGAUGGCGGAGAGCAGCGGUCGUACCGGCAAGAGCAGCGGCAGCGGCGCGGGGAAAGGGGCGGUGUCAGCAGAGCAGGUUAUUGCGGGCUUCAACCGCCUUCGGCAGGAGCAGCGGGGCCUGGCAUCCAAAGCAGCUGAGCUGGAGAUGGAGUUGAACGAGCACAGCCUCGUGAUCGACACCCUGAAGGGGGUGGAUGAGGCCCGCAAGUGCUACCGCAUGGUGGGAGGCGUGCUGGUGGAGCGGACGGUCAAAGAGGUGCUGCCUGCCCUGGAGAACAACAAGGAGCAGAUACAGAAGAUCAUUGAGACACUCACACAGCAGCUUCAGGCAAAGGGAAGAGAAUUAAAUGAAUUCCGGGAAAAGCACAACAUUCGUCUCAUGGGGGAAGAUGAGAAGCCAGCAGCCAAGGAGAACUCAGAAGGGGCUGGGGCUAAGUCCAGCUCAGCCGGAGUGUUGGUCUCCUAGGGAUCAAGGCCUUUGCAUUUUUUUUUCUACCCUGACUCCCACUUCUUCUAAUUUCUCUUUAUUGUUAUUAUUAUUAUUUUCUCUGCUCUUGUAAUAUUUUUUUUGUUAAUUAAAUGUUUUGGUCAGAAUGCUUA